AUGUGUUCAGUCAUUCGUUGCAGCAGCAGCAAAAGCAGCGCCAACAACCGCAGCACCAGCAGCAGCAGCAACACCACCACCAGCAACCACAGCAGCAGCAACAGCAGCAGCAGCAGCAACAGCAGCAGCAGCAGCAGCAGCAGCAAAUUACCUCGACCUGUUUCAGUGCCGCCUCAGAAAAGAAGGUCCCUUCCUCCUGCAGCUGCCGCAUGCGCUGCAGUCGACGGUUCUGCUGCGCCUGCAUGCAAACAGCAGCAGCAGCAGAGUGCACGGAAGCAGCAACAGCAGCAACAAGAAACAGCAACACAAGCAGCAGCAGCAGCAGCUGCUGCUGCUGCAGCACAAGCAAAAGCAGCAGCAGCGCGGGCAACAGCAGCAGCACGGACAACAGCAGCAACAACAGCAGCAAAAGAAGCAGCACGAGCACAAGCAACAGCAGCAACAACAGCAGCACAAGCAGCAACAACAACGAACAAACACAGCACCAACAACAGCAGCAGCAGCAGCAGCAGCAGCAACAGCAGCAGCAGCAGCAACAGCAGCAGCAGCAGCAGCAGUUUUGUUGCUGCAGGUGUAUGCAGCUUCGCAGCAACCCAGGAGGCCGACAAGGCGACGCUGCUGCAGUGCGUGUUGGAGUAUCUGUACCCCUGUAGAGCCCUAGACCCACGGCUAGGUGCUCUAUACGGCGCGUUGUAUUACUAUCGUUUGGGGGAGCACAAGGGGCUGCCGCAGCAGCCGCCGCCGCCGCCAGAGCCGCAGUUUAUGCCGGUGUAUGAGGUGCUGGGGCCCUGGAUCCGCCCCUCCCUAUACACCCCAGCAGCAGCUGCUGCUGCGCAUGCAACCAAGUUCGAUGCUGCUCUUGCUGCUACAAUACAAGCAGCAAAAGACAGAGAUGCAGCACAAACAGAACUGCAGCAGCAGCAGCAGCAGCAGCAGCAAACCAAAAAAACUUUAGGCGCUACCCUCCAAAAACCCUCAGCUACAAAGGCAGGGGCAGCAGCAGCAGGAGCUGCAGCAGCAGCAGGAGCAGCAGCAGCAGCAGCAGGAGAACCCCGAGCAAAGGCUACGCUGCCGCAGCAAGCAGCAGAUGCUGCUGCUGAUGUUCCCCUCACCGGCCUCUCUGUGCUGCUGGGUGACCUCACCGCCUUCAAGCGGCCCGCCCUAUCCAAAGGCACGGGCGUCAAGCUCGUCGUACGGUGUGUUGCAGCAGCAGCAGCAGCAGCAGCAGCAGCAGCAGCAGUAGCAGCAGCAGCAGCAGAAGCAGCAGCAGUAGCAGUAGCAGCAGCAGCAGCAGUAGAAGCAGCAGCAGCAGCAGUAGCAGCAGCAGCAGCAGAAGCAGUAGCAGCAGCAGCAGCAGAAGCAGUAGCAGCAGAAGCAGUAGCAGCAGCAGAAGCAGUAGCAGAAGCAGAAGCAGCAGCAGAAGCAGCAGCAGCAGCAGCAGCAGCAGCAGCAGCAGCAGCAGUAGUAGUAGUAGUAGUGGUUUGA